AUGUCUGGAAACACCAAGGCCUUCUUUGAUGUUCAGUACGCCCCUGUGGGCUCCAGCGCCACCAAGACUGGUCGCAUCAACUUCAACCUCUUCGAGGGCGAUGUCCCCAAGACCGCUAAAAACUUCCGUGAGCUUUGCAAGGCCCCGGAGGGUCAGGGUUACAAGGGCUCUGGUUUCCACCGUGUCAUCCCCCAGUUCAUGCUCCAGGGUGGUGACUUCACCCGUCACAACGGCACUGGUGGCCGUUCCAUCUAUGGUGAGAAGUUCCCCGAUGAGAACUUCAUCCACAAGCACAACAAGCCCGGUCUUCUUUCCAUGGCCAACGCUGGCCCCAACACCAAUGGCUCCCAGUUCUUCAUCACUACCGUUGUCACCUCCUGGCUCGAUGGCAAGCACGUCGUCUUCGGCGAGGUUGCCGAUGAGGAUUCCAUGAAGGUUGUCAAAGAGAUUGAGGCUCUUGGCAGCAACUCUGGUUCUGUCCGCUCUCCUGUCAAGAUCGUUGAAUGUGGUGAGCUGUAA